UUCUCAUUCAUAUUUCUUGAAUUUCUUGUAACUACCUUCAAUCAUUUUUGGGUCGUGUAAUAUAUAAUACAAAUACUUUGAUCAUCCUCGAAGAUUUCAGAUAUCGCUACACCGGCAAUUCUGACGUGGAAGUGUUUCUAGCAGAGGGCACUCAUAGAACGAAUCACUAAGCUCGCAUUAUUAUGUUAAUGCAAGUAGCACGUUAUAACUCGGUCGCUUGGUGCUGCGAUUCAAAACCGGACGGGUAACUUAUGUUUUGCGGUAGCGUAAACGUCAGUGCACCGAUUGCAUUCGCGUAAAGAUGGGACACUUUGGCCUCUUGUUUCGGAAGAACGCUCGCACCAGCUUUCAGGGUGGAUGCGGCGGAUUGUGCUCGGCCUUUCUCCCCGGCAUAUUCAUGCUUCUCUUGGGCGUGCUUUCGUUGAUGUGGUUUAUACUUUAUGGCCUCGCCCGGAAAUCCAUCUCGAAACGAGCAUCGUCUUCUUUCCGAACAUGAGUACUAGUUAGAGCAGCUGGAAGAAGGAUGCGUUUCGAGGUGGGUUUGAAAAAACUUCUCUAAGCAUCCGAUGCCAGCCUCUUCAACCAACGCUUCGAUUGGGACUACGGUGUAUGA